UUCUGAAGGUUGAGAUGAGAUGCAAUGCUUGCUGGCGAGAAUUGGAAGGACAGGCCAUCACUACCACUUGUGGCCACAUCUUCUGUCAGAACGAUGCCAGUAAGAUUCUCAGCAGUGAUGCUGCUUGUCCUAUUUGUGAUCAAGUUCUCUCUAAAAGUCUCAUGAAACCUGUGGACGUCAAUCCAAGUGAUGAAUGGAUAAAUAUGGUCAUGGCUGGAAUUACACCACAGAUAUUAAUGAAGAGUGCCUACAGAAGUGUGAUGUUCCACAUUGGGCAAAAGGAAUUGGAAAUGCAGUUCAAGAUGAACAAGAUAGUAGCUCAAUGCCGUCAGAAAUGUGAGAUGAUGCAGGAAAAAUUCUCUCAAAAGUUGGAGCAAGUGCAUACUGCAUACCAGAAGGUGGCUAAAAAGUGCCAAAUGUUGGAACAAGAGAUUGAGACCUUAUCUAAAGACAAGCAGGAACUCCAAGAAAAAUUUGCUGAGAAAUCCAGGCAAAAAAGAAAACUUGAUGAAAUGUAUGAUCAGUUGAGAAAUGAAUAUGAUUCAGUAAAGCGCACAGCCAUUCAGCCAAGUAGUUUCUUUUCAAGAGCAGAGCCUGAUAUGUUUGCAAAUCCUGCUAAUAUGAUGGACAACAGAGAUACUAUGAGAAAAGAUUGGUCGGUUCUCACUCCUGAAACUCCAGGACCAAGAGAAGACAUAUGGCCUCCAACAAGACAGAAUGGUUCCAACUCUGGCCCUUUCGAUGUCUCGAGUGGCUCCCCUGUUAGACAGUCAGCAGUGCCAGUGGAUGCUGGAAACAGAAGAGCAGGCGCACAUCCUAUGCUUGGCGUUGCAACUGGCGCAAGCAAUCCCUCAAUGACCCUUAGGAAUCUCAUCCUAUCACCAAUUAAGAGACCUCAACUCUCCCGCAACAGACCACAGAUGUUCACGUUUUAAGUUGGGAGAUCUUUCAACUCCAAUAGUGCAGAAAAAUAUACCUGAGAUGCAACUAUGGACCAGGUUUCCUUGACAUUUUCAUUGGGAAAUUUUGCUGAGAAAUUAAAGUGCCAGAUAAUGAAAUGCUUAGCUGACUUUUCUUUUGUGGUAGGAAAAGUAAAGAUGAUGUAGAGUAAUGUUUCAUAGUUUACAUACAAAUUGAUGAUGUGAUAUGCGUUACAGUUUAAUAGUUGCAGCUUUUCUUGCACUACUUAAGUGUAUAAACAUGCCUCUUUUGUACUUGAGGAUUCAAAAAUUAUAAGUACGGAAAAUGGAAA